GUCAUGAUAAAUGGAGCCGGAAGCAACAUCACUAGAAGCCAGUGGACAUGUGCAGGAAGCCGGCGGUGCGUUAUGGUGUGGACGUGAAACACAGAGGACAAAUCUAGCUGUUCCCCAAUGCUGACAUGAUAUCCCCAGUCUCUCUGAACAAACUUCAAUUCGGUCUGUAAAGGUCUACCUACGCCCCUCUACACACUACUCAACCAACCAGCCCAAAUCUACACCUCUGAAACCCAAGAUGGCUACUAGACAAAAAGCCCUGAUGGUUGCAGUGGUCACCCUGUUGGGCGCCACCUUGGGAGGCCUGUUAUUAUGGCGACAACCAACCCUGAGGACACAAAAGAAGAAGCAGCGUCUAGCUCAGGGUCAGAUAGGGGUCAGCACUGGUCCCGUACCAGUGGAACAGCUGGGUCCUGUGGUUGUGGAGCCAGUCSAGUCCCAGACCCAGCUAACCCUUGGUCAGAGCCUGGGCCUCCUCCUGCCUGUUUCACUGCCCCCUGCUGACCAGGUCUUGGCAGUYCAGCCUGUGAUGGUGAGCUCUGAGGAGGGUUGGGAGCAGUGGUGGCCGUCGCUGCAAAAGGAGCUAUCCGUCUACCCCGUCCUCGGGCUGGACUGCGAAUGGGUGUCAGUGAAGGGUAAGGCGUCGGCGGUCUCCCUCCUCCAGAUGAGUUCCUACUCUGGCCUGUGUGUGUUGGUGAGGCUACAUCUGUUCCGAGGUAGCCAGCAGGACUUUCCCCUCAGCUUGAAGGAGGUCCUCAGGGACCCCCAUGUCCUGAAGGUGGGCGUGGGGUGUUAUGAAGACGGGACACGUCUGACCCGYGACUACGGCCUGGCUCUGGGUUGUACCGUGGACCUGAGAUAUCUCGCUCUACGACAAAGGAAGGUCGUGUUGAACAAUGGUUUGAGCCUCAAGUCUCUGGCUGCGGACCUGCUCAAUGUGUCUCUGGAUAAAUCCAUGGCGCUUCGAUGCAGUAACUGGGAGGCUGACCAGCUGACCCUAGAACAGAUGACUUACGCAGCCCUGGAUGCACAGGUAUCCAUCGCCCUGUUCUUCCACCUGCUGGGCCUCUACUCAGACACCACGCCCUUACCUGACAGUGGGAGUGGCUAUACCCAGCUGGCCAAUCGCUGCCAGGGCCUGAUAGACACACCCUUCAGGGAGUGGGGUGAGGGGGAGGAUGGCGAGAGGAGACGGAAGAGUAAGAAGCUCCGGCAGCCUACUUUGGAAAGCUCCGAGAUUGGUGACCAGCAAGUACCAGACCCCAGAAAGAACAACAAGAGGAAACCGCUCGGUGUGGGUUACUCUGCGAGGAWGACCCCUCUUUAUGACAARUGCUUCCUCCAUGCCCCGGARGGACAACCCCUCUGUACCUGCGACAAGAGGAAGGCCCAGUGGUACCUGGAUAAAGGACUAGGAGUGUUGCAGAGUGACGAGCCCUUCAUCGUGCGUCUGCUGUUUGAGCCGUCGGGACGUCCAGAGUCCCAGCAGGACUACUACCUGACUGCCAAGAAGAACAUGUGUGUGGUGUGUGGCAAGAACGAGUCUUAUAUCAGGAAGAACAUCGUUCCUCACGAGUACAGACAACACUUCCCCAUGGAGAUGAAGGACCACAACUCCCAUGACGUCUUGCUGCUGUGCACUUCCUGUCACGCAGCCUCCACCGUGCACGACGGCUUCCUGAAGCAGCAGCUGGCUGAUGAGCAUGGCGCGCCCCAGGGGUGUGAGGAGGGCGUGCGUCUCCUGGAGGACUCUGACCGCAGGAGGGUUCGUUCUGCAGCCCGAGCCCUGCUCACCGUGGGGGAGGGGCUUCCAGAGGUCAGGAGAGAUGAGCUGCAGAAGGUCAUAAGGUGCUUCUUUAACGACACCGACAUGGAGCUGAGUCCCGAGACACUUCAGAGGGCUGCAGACCUGGAGACGAGGAUCUUCAAUGAGAGCUAUGUUCCCCACGGGCUGAAGGUGGUGAAGGUGAACGUCGAGCACGGCCUGAAGGGAUUAAUGGCGCUGGAGAGCCGCUGGAGACAACACUUCCUGUCUACCAUGACGCCUCGCUACCUUCCUCCUCACUGGUCUGUCAGCCACAACCACGACAAGUUACGACGCAAGUACGGCGAUGACCUUCUCAUCCAGCUUAACUGACCUACAGUCUGGUACCCAGGCUACAUCUGUCUGGUUCCCCAUCAGCUGUUGCAGCAGCCUCUACCUGGGGUCCAGCCUCUACCUGGGGUCCAGCCAGCCUCUACCUGGGGUCCAGCCAGCCUCUACCUGGGGUCCAGCCAGCCUCUACCUGGGGUCCAGCCUCUACCUGGGGAUUACACAGUAGCCCAGAGAUCAGACUAAUGCCUUCAGGUGAAGGGUUGGAUUCUGUGUGUUCAGUGCCUGCGAUCCUCCUCCUCAGUCUACUGUUGGCUGGACGACGACAUCUGUUGCUCUGAUUGUGAUGCCUUACAUGUUAAAUGCCAGACAGAGCCUGUGCUAGUGGGCCCAGCAGGAUGUAUUGGACCCCUUUAGUGACACGUUGGCACCCUGUUCUUUUAAAUAGUGUCGUACAUUUUGACCAGGACCCAGAAGGUGCCAUUUUGAGAUCCUGAGAGAGACUGGCCUUGUUUUUCUGACCGGGGUAAAAUAAUUCAGUGUCAAGAACACUAUCUGAAGAUGGUGUAGCAGAAUUCAUGAUGAAAUCCUAUUGAAUAUAGGAUGGUCACGAUACCAGUAUCCCGAUACUCUGAGAUAUCGUGGCAAGGAAACAAAACAUGAAGCACGCUGUAUUUCCUGAUGGGGAAACAGUCCUAAUGAUGUCAACUAGAAUCACAUGUUUAUGUUCCUACAACAGACAAUAUUUAACUUCCAGUAGAUUUUAAUGAGCGAAAGAGUUCAGUCUGCUUUGUGUUUUCCUUGUUGCCAUGGAAAACCUGGUUUUCGUGACGACCCGGCUAUGGUUUGGUUUCCCAGAUUUAAAACUAGUCCUAGAAGCUAGCCUAGCUAGCCAGGAAUACCAUAGGAGACUAGACUUCAUCUAGGCCCAGGAAACAGGCCCUAUACAGGGCAUUUGGGAACGUAUUCAGACCCCUUGACUUUUACCACAUUUUUGUUACGUUACAGCCUUAUUCUAAAAUGGAUUAAAUGUUUUUUCUCAUCAAUCUACACAAAAGCCAUAUGAUGUUGACAUCGAUUUAGGAAGCACAUCUGAUUCAGUUGUACAACUGACUAGGUAUCUCUCCUCCCACUAACUAAUCCAUUUUAGAAUAAGGCUGUAACGUAACAAAAUGUGGACAGUCAAGGGGUCUGAAUACUUUCCAGUUUCAGAAAAUCAUGUAUUUUAGACUAGGCUGAAACCUGCUUUUAGUUAUCAUUAAAUAUGAGUUAUAAUUUCCCCUGCGGGUUUUCAGUCCUAKAGAUGGGCAUUUGUGAGCGUGCAGAAAUCAUGUUUGCUUGGCAAAGGUAGCUUACUUUUUUUUAUUUUAUUUAACACGACAGAGCACCUCAUCUUUGUCUUUUUUUUUUUAAUGGAUCAGACGAAGCUAUACAUUCAACUGAUCAGCCGUUAUGAAUUGAUGACGAGCAGCCAUCGAAUGUGUCUGAAAUGGCUCUACGUUGCCUUCAGAGUAUUCACACCCCUGUUUCCACAUUCUGUUGUGUUAAGGCCUGAUUUUUAAAAAUUAUUACAUUUUUAGAU